AUGGGCCAGCUUGAAGACGUCAAGAUGUUUGCGGCUUACAAAGCCGUGGACGAGCGGAGUAACAAGCGUAUACGUUAUUCUGCCUCGAAAUCAGCUAUCUCAUCGUUGCUAAGAGCCAAGCGUGUCAAAGAUGAAGGACUCAAUGUAGUCUGCAUUCCUACUUCAUUUCAAGCUCGGCAACUUAUAGUGGAUAGUCAUCUAACUUUAGGUGACUUAGAAAUCUAUCCAGAGCUAGAUUGUGCAAUUGAUGGAGCUGAUGAAGUUGAUGCUGAAUUGAAUCUCAUCAAAGGUGGCGGUGGAUGUUUGCUACAAGAAAAAAUUGUUGCUUCUUGUGCCAAGCAGUUUGUUGUCAUAGCAGACUAUACAAAAAAUUCACAAAAGCUUGGUGACAAAUACAAGAAAGGGAUUCCUAUUGAGGUUGUUCCUAUAGCAUAUGUGCCGAUCCAACGUAGAAUCAAGACCAUAUAUGGGGGAACUGCAAAUAUCAGGAUGGCUUUGGCAAAAGCUGGUCCAGUAGUAACGGAUAAUGGAAAUUUUAUUUUGGAUUGGAAGUUUCCAGGAGACAUAACUGAUUGGAGUAAAGUCAAUAAAGAAAUAUCUCUGAUACCUGGAGUCGUAGAAACAGGUCUAUUUAUAAAUAUGGCCAAAAAGGCUUUCUUUGGCAUGCCAGAUGGCAGUGUGAAAGAACAGUUUAAACUUUGAAGAACCAAAGAAGUUAACAUGUAUUAAUAUGCUAUUUGUACUUUUUGUAUAUAUAGACAAUGGUUAUGUCCAAUAA